UAUGAAUUAUCAUUAUACCCCACAGCGGUGCUUGCAUUCGAUCUGAGGAUAAACCGGAGUAUCGAUCGCGAGCUACGAUAAACCGUGUUUUACCAUAAAGAAUGCUGUUGCACAACGCCUCAGUGCUGUUCUUCAUAGAAGUGUCAUUAGUUAUUACUUGCCAGGCAUUGUGUCCYAUUCGUCUGCCACAGAAAGAACCCUCGUCCUCGGUUUUUAACCCACUGUCAAUACUUUGUAACAAGGAAAUACGUAAAAGUUCUUUAAACAAUAAACGGGGAAUAUACGGCAUUCGACGUGCAACCCCAGAAAUGCCAUACAACCGACUCAACAUGGAUGCUCCUAAGUACAUUCUGUUCUUGGCAACCAAUCCUUUCCUGUCUUUCCACUCCAACAUGUGGAUAAAGAACGGAGUCCUUUUCAAAGCCGCAGAAGUUGGGUAUACAGUGGCUAAUGGCUUCAAGAGUCAAGACAUGACGAUGAAGGAGUAUGCUGAUCUAAGGAAAUUCUACAGAAACCAUGCUUCAUCGCCACUUAACCUGAUCAGAGGAUAUAUGAAGCACCCAUCCGAUUCUCAACCGUUCCAGUCAGAUUUUACUAAAUGGAUCUCAGACCAUUUCUUCGCUGAGCAGAGAUUGAGUGGWGUUAAUCCAAUGACCAUCCAGAAAGUAACGUUUUCCAAUAGAAUCGGAAUGCACUAUAACAGACUCAAACGACUUUUGAAUCCCAAAUUUAACUUGGUUAGAGCUGUGAAGAAAGUUCUGAGUCGAGUCAAUAAUCAUUUCUCGCUUACAAAGGCCAUCAAGGAUGGACACYUGUUUGUUCUUUACCAUCCAUUAAACAGAGACGUAGAAUCAKCAGAAGACAAGUCCAAACCCGGCUCAAACAGAAAAAUGUGGAGCUUCAAAUCACCUAUUGCAAUUUUUGCAUCAAGACCAGAAAAUGCAGCACUGACACCGGUUGCUAUUCAGAUGGACGAUGGAAGAGAAGCACCUGUCUACACUCCACAAGAUGGAGACAACUGGAUGCUCGCGAAACUCAACGCUCAAUUAUCAGACUACAGCAAUAGUCAAAUCAUUGAACAUCUCUGUAAAGUUCACUUUACUAUUGAAGCAGUUUGUUUGGCUGUGGAGAGACAACUAUCUGAAAUCAUCAUAUCAUCAUAA